CACGUCGAGUGUCUUUCAUUAAGCUGAGGUGGAAAAUUUUGCGCAAUAAAUUAUUUCUGUACUGAGUUCUAUUCUACUGAUUUGUGAAAUACUUUAACACAAUAUGGAAUACGACGAUGAAAACCAUUACGAACAAAAACGCCGCAGACAGAUCCGUGUUUGGACCGAUGGUUGCUUCGACAUGGUUCACUUUGGUCACGCUAACGCGCUUCGACAAGCGAAAGCAAUGGGCGAUGUUCUUCUGGUAGGCGUUCACUCUGAUGCAGAAAUCACCUUACAUAAAGGACCGCCAGUUUUUACCCAGGAAGAAAGGUAUAAGAUGGUUCGAGCGAUCAAGUGGGUCGAUGAAGUAGUUAUGGGCGCUCCAUAUGUAACUACGGUGGAAACUCUCGACAAGUACAACUGCGAUUUCUGUGUUCAUGGUGAUGACAUCACCUUGAGUGCAGAUGGAAAGGAUACUUAUGAAGAAGUAAAGACUGCAGGCCGAUAUAAAGAGUGCAAGCGAACAGCUGGGGUAUCAACGACAAAUCUUGUCGGAAGGAUGCUUCUUAUGACUAAGGAACACUUUGAUAGGGCGCCAUCGCCAAUAGGAAAUUUGGACCCUACUCAGGUCAGUAGGGCCAGUUCUGGUCCAUCCGCCAAGAGCCCCUGGACAUGUGUAUCCCAUUUUUUGCCCACUUCUCAGAGGAUCGUCCAAUUCUCAGAUGGUAAGGAGCCUAACCCUGGGGACAAAAUAGUUUAUGCUGCUGGAGCAUUCGACCUCUUCCAUAUUGGUUUGCUGGAUUUCCUUGAAGCUGCCAAGAAUGAAGGUGACUAUCUCAUAGUUGGCCUUCACACAGAUCAGGUUGUCAACCGUUACAAGGGAAGUAACUAUCCUAUCAUGAGUCUACAUCAAAGAGUGCUUAGUGUCCUGGCCUGUCGUUAUGUUGAUCAGGUGAUCAUUGGUGCACCCUAUAAAGUAACUACUGAGUUGCUGGAACAAUUCAAGGUGGACCUGGUCGUUCAUGGCAAAACAAAUGUAAUGGAGGAGGUAGAUGGUACAGAUCCAUACGAAAUUCCCAAACAAAGUGGAAUUUUCAAAGUCCUCAGUAGUGGCUGCUCUCUCACAACAGCUGACAUUGUUGACAGAAUAAUUAAACACAGAAUGCUGUAUGAAGAAAGGAACAAAAAGAAAGAAAAGAAAGAAGCUGAUGUUUUUGCUGCCAUGGAACGGAGAAAGUCACAAAACCAGGAGAAGUCUGGUUGAACUACAAACUGAACUGUUGGUAGUUAGUUGUUCAAUGGAUUUUUACAUAGGUUUUAGUUAAAAUGAAAAUUGUUUGCAUGUGCAUAACUAUGUCUGUUUGUAAAAAUAGCUAGUCAAUUUCUAUGUUAAUUAACAUGAACAUUUACUUUAAGUUUUCAUUUUAUAAUUCAUAGAGGUGACUUAUUCUGGGCUUAUUUUGAUUGUGUUAGGUCCUUCAUAAAAGGAAGUAACUACUUUUGUAUAAUCAACAUCUUACCUCCACUUGUAAUGCAAUUAAAAACCACAAAUUGGCAUUAUAAACAAACAAUUAAUUGCUAUGUAGUAACCAACCUUUGUGAUGGAUUUUAUUUUAAUGUACUGAUUAUUUCUCUCAGCCACCUACAAAUUAAGCUGUUUCAGGCCCUGAGUCAGUGAGAGGGAGGACACAGCUAUUUUCAGGGGGACUGUCUCUCCUUCCCCCUCAUGCCCAUUCUCUGUUUUGCCUGUCUCCGCUUACAGAGAGUAUUGCACCACCUCUUUACAAGUUGCAAAUGUAUUAAGAACUAAUCGCAUUCCCCGUACAGGAGUUUUCUUGAAUAGUAUUACAUACAUGAAACUCGGAAAGGUAUCAAGACAAAGGACACUCUUGCACUCAUACUUAGUUAGGUGUUAGAAAAGUGGCAUUUUUUGUUAGUGGUAGCACGAUGUUCUGCAUAACUGCCUCCAAAUUUUUGUUCAGUGGACUGUUAAGUGAUUGGAGUGCAGUCAGUGCUGAUUUUUGAAGACUGGGUUUUUGGGGGACAUUAAUUUUACUUGAACUGAGUCAUUGAAGAAUAGUUGUGUGCUAUACACUACUGGAGACUGACCAAAUACCCUAAUACAUUCAUGCGGUGCCAUAUAUUUUAACAGAAUAGAGAUAGUAGAAUAUAGAUUAUACUUGUGAUUAUAUCCACUGCCCUUACUAGUUGUUUAAAUGAUUUUGGCAUUAAGUGGCUACCAGUGUAACUAAAGUUGGUUGUUCUUCUCACUUUCCUCUUUACGCAAACGUUUUAAAAAUUGAAAUAAAAAUUGGUGCCACCGGAA